GGGCGGGUAAGAUGGCGGCGCGCAGUCGUUGGCUGUUGGUCCGCGCGGUGUGUAUGAAUGGAAAGCGGAGGUUCGGAGUGGGGUGCGUGGGACUGGGCACCGAGCCUGCCCCGGCCCAGCUCAGCCCCCGGUACCCACCCGUCCUCCCGUCCAAAACCGCCAAAAGCAAAUCGGCUCAAAGGCGGCGGAUGGAAGAGUUUUUUCAGCGGGUUCAUGACGCCCCCUCGGUGGCCGAGAAGCUCCGGCUCCUGACCCAGAUCCAGCGACUCAAGUACGUCGUUUACCCGCAGACGUUGUCGAUCGACGCGGAUCGCUGGUACCAGAACUUCACCAAGACCGCCUUUGUGCCGGGGCUGCCAGGCCGGCUCACCGCCACCGCCGGCCCCGGGGCUGCCCUGGAGCUCGGCCAGCUCAAGUCCCUGGUGUGCGAGACAGUUUUGCAGGAGAAUUUCUACGUGAAGAGGCGGCGGCCGUUCCUUUACCGGGAAAGGGAGCAAACGGUGCUGCCGCUCCUCGGCAACCUGGUGCCUCGGCUCAUCAACGCCCUGGUAGCGGAAAACCCGCUGCUUGGAGCCUCGACCUUGGAUUAUGAACCAGAAGUUAACUUUUACUGGUUGCGGGGUGAACGAACUGUUCCUCGAGGGCAUCGGAAAGGGCAAGUAGACCCUAUUCGUUUCCAGAUUGAUGACAAACCUUACUGCCAAAUUCGGGUUCAUGAGCAACUCCCUGAGUUUGUGCCCUUGGGGCAAUCGGUUCCUGAAGAUGUUCCUGUUAUUCAAAUUGAACCAAGCCGACUUCCAUUAUUUCAACGGCAGUAUGACAACAAUAUUUUCAUCGGCUCAAAGAUUGCUGAUUCUUCCUGCUAUGGGCAUACCCAGUUUCACUUUGCUUCUGAUAAAUUGAGACGAGAAAAACUAAUAAAAGACAACCUGAAUGAUCAGAUUGAAGUACGUUUGCGUGCCAAUGGCAUUGCAAGUUUGUUUGCUUGGACUGGAGCACAGGCAAUGUAUCAAGGUUUCUGGAGUGAGGCAGAUGUAACCCGACCGUUUGUCUCCCAAGCUGUAAUUACAGAUGGAAUUUUUUUCUCUUUCUUUUGCUAUCAGUUGAACACUCUAGCUCUGUCUUCCAGGGCAGACCAGCAUAACGAGCGCAAGAACAUUUGCUGGGGGACAGAAAGUAUGCGUCUAUAUGAAGAUGUUGAAGGAGAUAAUGUCAGAGGGUUCAAUGAUGAGGUCCUGAGCCUACUUGUUCGCUUCCUGCUCAAUAGACCAGAAUCAAUAGAAAGUAGCAUAAGCUGAAUGUAAUUUCUUUUCUAAGUUUGAAAGUAAUUUAAAGGUUGUAAUAUAUAUAUUUGAGUGCACACCUGUUAAGUAUAUAAUGUAUGUAUGGGUUUCAAAAUCUGAUCGUAGGUUCAUUUUAAACUACCUAAAAUACAUUCUUCCAAAAUUUCCCUAGCACUGCUAGGAUGGAUUGUUUUCAGGUGAGGGGUAUGUUCUUUUUGUCAAAUUAAAUGGAAUUCCCUUGUAA